AUGUUCAUCGAAACCGCCAAGGUUUUGGACAAAAACGACCCUUUUCAAGAUAAGCUCGUGUCGCUGCUGCUGCGGACUAAGGAGCUCGACUCGCUUCGAAAAGCUCUCUACUCCAACAACGAGUCCGCCAUCAGGACCUGGGAGUCUUAUGGCUUUGGUACAAACUUGCGGACAUCAUCUGAGCGGCUGCUCGCAGAGGGCACUAUUACUCAGCAGUGCAAUCUUGCCGCCUUCGCCGCGAGAGCCAUGGCGAUAGGCAUCUGCAGGGAUUCGAUCAGCCUGACAGCGCUGUGGUGCCUGCGGGAAGUUCUCGAGACCGAUGACGAGGCGAAAGCCAUUUCUCUUCUCUCCGUUGCUAUCGUCUGGAUUGAGCACUGCUCCUAUAGUCUCUUGACGCUUUCUGCUCUGAACAGGUCUUACAAGGACCAAUCCGAUGCUCACUUGAUUGCACCCGGAGCCUGGGCAUAA